AUGGUGUUGGGGAUCUGCUUGGAUGGCGGUGUUGUGUGGGACUGUAAGUGGCGGCCGGGCAGCAGCGGAGGGGAUAGCAGGUUGGGUACAUUGGCUGUGGUGCUCGGGAGCGGAGAGGUGCAGCUGUUGCCGGUGCCCCACCCUGACCACAUCGGGAGCGCGCAUGCAGCCGCGCAUCAGCGGCCGGGGCCGAGGGGCACCGGGACAGCGCCGCCGGGGGAACUGGGAGGACCGCGCCUUGUGCGGCUGCAGCCUGAAGCGUCUGCGGCUGGUAAUGACUUGGGAGGCAGCCUGCCGAGCGUUGCAGAGUGGCUGCCCAGCGCCCCGCAUGACCUGCUCCUGGUGGGCUUCUGGGACGGCACAGUAGCUCUGUGGAGGCUGAUCACUGCCAUGAAUGGCGCCGAAGCAUCUGCUGGGAGGGAGUCAGAACGGGAGGUGCGCAUGGAGCUGCUGCUGCACAUGCCAGCACUGGAGGGUCCUGUGCGGGGGCUGGCCUGGGUGCCCCCAGAGGUGGCCACCGCUGCGGGGGAUCGAGCCCACCGCCACCUCUUCGCCACCGUCGGCCACUCCGACAAGCUGCGCUUCUGGGACUCCAGGCGAGGCUCCAAUAAAAGCUCCAAUUUCUGUGCCAUGAACCUCCUUGCAGCUUGA